UAUUGAAUGUGAGAAAUUCAAUAUUUUUUUUUUUUCUUUUUUUUUCCGUCGCCGUUUGUUGUGUUUACGAAUAGGAUUCUAUUAAAGAUUUCCGAUUUCGUGAAAAUUUUUGUAUCUCGCGAAAAUGAAAAAAAUGGAAAAAGAAGAUAAUUUCGCCGUAUACUAGCGCCCUCUGAUAAAGUCGCAGAUAGAGUGAAACAAGUGAAAAUCGCGGUGCUUGAUAAUCGCGUUUGGCAAAAUAAACAAUUUUGUUUGAUCUAGAUUACUAGGUUAUAAAUUAUUCCGAUAUUUGCUAGCGAACGAUUUUCGGAAGGAAUUUAAAGAAACGAAAUUAUCAUUCAAGUAUGAACGCUCUACGUUCGUGUCUUAAAACUGUUAUUCUGAAUCAAGGAGUGCGCUCUAUAAAUUAUCAAGGACAGAGAAAUAUUAAAAGAUGGGUAGCACCGACACAAGUGGAGAUAACCAAACGUAAGAAGAUACUAGGCUCUCAACCAGAACCAAAACGUAACACCUUUUUGGAUUGGAAUAGAUCUGCAGAGAUCUAUGCAUUUAACGUACGAUUAUCUGAAAAAUUUGAUACAGAAAAAUUAGAGCAAGCUUUCACUCAUAGAUCAUAUAUUAUUCAAGAGGAACAGAGGAUGAAAGAAAUGGGCAUAGAAGAUCCUGUUCUUAAUAUACAUGAUAAUACUGAGCUUGUUAGAAAAGGUGAAAAACUUACAGCAGAGAUUGUGCAGAAUUACUUGAUGCAGGUUUUGCCACAUGCAUCUGAAAAUGUUAUAAUUUCAUUGUAUGACUAUCUUCUUUCUGAAGAAAUCUUGGCCAAAGCAGCUCUUCAUAUCGGAACGAAAGAUAUCAUCUUAACAGAAGAACAUCCAGUAGCUCAGAAAACUUUAGCCGAUACGUUUUUAGCGCUCGUCGCAGCGCUCGAGGAAAGCGUUGAUGUUAAUCACACAGCAAAUUUUGUUAGAGAUUUCUUGAUUGUUAUAUUGGCUGAAAAAGAUUUAACAGAAAUAUGGAAUCCAUCUCAGCCAGUGGAACUUUUAAAUGACAUUUUACGGAAACAAAACAGAUCACCCGCUGAACCAAGACUUAUUGGACACGCAGGACAGAAUACACUUUUAGUGACAUAUCAUGUAGCGAUGUAUUCUGACAAACAAUUUCUAGGUUCAGGAUUUGGUCAAACCAUUCAAGAAGCCAAAGAUGUAGCUGCCAUAAAUAUUUUAAGUCGAAUAUAUGGUCUGUCAGAUUCUAGUAAACCGAUUCAAUUUAACAAAACAAUAGAUUUAUCUUCGUGAGCGAUGUAAACUUAAAAAAAAA